CGCGGAGCGAGUUUCCCAGCCGCCCGGGGCCGUGGGGUGCGGGCUCCCGGGUCCCCUCCGGGCGCGCAGCCCCUCCAGCGAUCUGGUUAGGAAAAGUGAGGGCAGGAACUAGUAGCGGGAAUCGCAGGCGCCUGUUCCCGCCCCGGGGAGGGCGGGGGACCCGGGAGCCUGUCGGGGAGAGCUGCAAGCAGGCUCCCGGCUCAGCACCCCGCCAGCCGGAAAAUCGGGAUCUGGGGGUGCAAGGCGCGGGGUGGAGAGGGAGAGGGGAUGCGAGCAGCUGUGACCGUCGCGAUGAGGGAGCAGCCCUGAUUGGCCUGGCUCUGAUCCUGGAGGCUGUGUCGAUGGUGGAAUGUCAAAGCCAGGACGGAAUGGAAAGAGGUUUGGAAGACCCUUCCAGAAUGCCAGAGGAAAGUUCCCCCAGGAGGAGCCCGCAGAGCAUCCCGUACCAGGACCUGCCUCACCUGGUCAAUGCGGAUGAACAGUACCUCUUCUGCAGGUAUUGGAGACCCACAGGUACACCCAGGGCCCUCGUCUUCGUGUCCCAUGGCGCCGGGGAACACUGUGGCCGCUACGACGAGCUGGCGCAGAUGCUGAUUGGGCUGGACAUGUUGGUGUUUGCGCAUGAUCAUGUCGGCCACGGACAGAGCGAAGGGGAGAGGAUGGUGGUGUCCGACUUCCAUGUUUUCGUCAGGGACGUGUUACAGCACGUGGAUGUCAUGCAGAAGGACUACCCCAACCUUCCGGUCUUCCUUCUGGGCCACUCCAUGGGAGGCGCCAUCGCCAUCCUCACAGCUGCGGAGAGGCCCGGCCACUUCUCCGGCAUGGUCCUCAUUUCGCCUCUGGUUCUUGCCAACCCUGAAUCCGCAACGACUUUCAAGGUCCUUGCUGCGAAAGUGCUCAACCUGGUCCUGCCAAACAUGUCCCUGGGGCCUAUCGAUUCCAGCGUGCUCUCUCGGAAUAAGGCAGAGGUGGAGCUGUACAACUCAGACCCGCUCAUCUGCCGCGCGGGGCUGAAAGUGUGCUUCGGGAUCCAGCUGCUCAACGCCGUGUCGCGGGUGGAGCGGGCGCUGCCCAGGCUGACCCUGCCCUUCCUGCUGCUGCAGGGCUCCGCCGACCGCCUGUGCGACAGCAAGGGGGCCUACCUGCUCAUGGAGUCGGCCAAGAGCCAGGACAAGACCCUCAAGAUUUACGAAGGUGCCUACCACGUUCUCCACAAGGAGCUUCCGGAAGUGACCAACUCCGUCUUCCGUGAAAUAAACAUGUGGAUCUCCCAAAGGAUAACUGUGGCGGUCCCCAAAGGGGGCCCCCAAGUGUCCCCGCCCUGAAUACACUGGCCGAGCGACCGGCCCAUGCUCUGGGGGAAGCGGGCAGAGGGAGAACAGAGCUGGCUAUUUCAUAUACGGCUUGCAAAAAAAAAAAAAAAAAUUACACACUGGAGGGAUCCCUAGCGCAAUUUACUUAAAAAAAAAUAAGUUUUUGUCAUAUAUAAAGUUAUAAAGCACUGGAUCUACCCUAUAGGGUAGACACUAUGCAAAAAAAUAAUAAUAACUACAAGGAACAAGAGAGAAGGGUGACAGGCAAUUCCCACGGAGGGACUCUGCUAAAGUGUCCUUUUAAAAUAAGCAGAACGGGACGCCUGUCAUCCCAGUGGCUCAGGAGGCUGAGGCAGGAGGAUCGUAAAUUGGAGGCCAGCCUCAGCAAUCUAGCUAGGCCCUGAGCAACUCAGUGAGACCCUGUCUCUCAAUAAAAUAUAAAAAGGGCUGGGGAGGUGGCUCAGGGGUUAAGUGCCCCUGGGUUCCAUCCCCAGGACCAAAAAAUAUAUAUAUAAAAUAAUAAGCAGGGAUUCUGCCCGCCUCUCCCAGGUCCCCGGGAAUCCCUGUGUUCCAGGAAGCCAGCCUGCAAUAAUUGGAGAAGUCUCCCCUCCUGGCCCCCCGCUCAAGCUCCACGCAGUGCCCCUCUCUGACGAGCCAUGACUCUGUGGCCUUUCUCUGGUGUGUAAGGAGAUGACCUGUGUCACCCCCCAGGCCAGCUGCUGCGGCAGACUCACGUGGCCUUCCAAGGCUCAGAAAACGCCUGGCACUUCCUCCAAACGGGCAGCCACCCCUGAGCUGGCAGCUCCCUUACCAUCCAAGGCACGGGGAGGCCUGGUCACCACUGAGUGCUGUAGGUGUUCAAAGGAGGUGCCCACUUCUGGGGACACGGAUGUGGCCGAACAUGAAGCAUCUGACAGGCAAUGUCCAUUCUAGAGCAGAGCCUAUUGGGAUGGGUGGGUGAGUGGGAACGAGCAGCUGGAAGGAAAUGGGGUGAUUCUCCUGCUCCCAGCAAAGGCCCAGAGUCCCUCCUGUCCCUCAGGGAAAGUGGAGGGCGGCCUGGGGUCCCCAGGGCCUGGCCCUUCCUGCCCCCCCGCCCAGAGCAGCCACCCUGGGAAUCGCAGGCUGGCUCCACAGCGCCCCCUGGUGGCCAGAGAAGGAAUUGCAACUCAGUUGGUGACCUAACGUCCCCAGGGCAGCAGAGAGCCAGGCCUGGAGAUGUCCCCGCGCCCCUGCCCAGGCCACAGCAGGACUGAACGUGUCAGCCAACCCUUCCCAGCCAGACGCGGCCAGCCUGACCUGUGCCUCUCAGGUGCCACCCCCAGCCCUGGCGCUGCCCUCUGGCCUCGCUGCGUGCUGGCAAUAACGGGGGUCACCACCACCUGGGGAAUUCCUUCACCUUUAAUGUGGGGCUUGAUGUUACCUCAAAAGUCUCCAGAACCCUGGGUGGGACUCUGCUGCUCCGGCUGGGUGGCAGGGGGAAGUCGGGGUGCCCCCCUGGCCCCCACUGAAGUCGCCACCCAGGGUCCUGGGGGAGGGGCUGCUCCUCCUGCCAGGCCCCCCCAUGGAGGCUGGGGAUCGCCAGCAGCGCGCAUGCCCCGUGCUCCUCGGGGCUCAUUCUGGGUCCCUGGAGAGGGGAGCCCCUCUCCCUCCCUCCCGCUCACACCACGGCACAUCCAAGAGCUGGCCACCCUACUCGGGCCACCAAUGUCACUCUGUGCCCUGAAGCUGCAGGCUUUUGUUGUCACGGCCGAGCGCCCGGCACCUCCUCAGUGCAGGACAAGCAGAAGCCCAAGAGCUGACCAGGCCCAGGUCUCCAGAGACGGUGGCUUCAAUGCCCCAGCUGACCUUUCGAGGAGAAAAAAAGAAAAAGAAAAUGUAUUAUUACGAUUAUUUUUUGUAAUGCACGGAGAGGAAGGUCAAGCGGAGCAGCCGUGUGUCUGGAGUUUCUGCAGAAAAUUCGCCUGCAAAGUGCUAGACACCCCCGGUCCCCAGCUCCGAUUCUCCUCUGGGGCUCAAAGUCCCACAGCACGGCAUUCCCCGGAAGCAGGCGACAGCGAUGCCGUUUCCCAGAUGAACUAUCAGGGCCCCGGGGCUGACCCAGGACUCUCCCCCAUGCCUGGAUUCAUUACCAUGUAAGUUCUUAGAGAGGCACAGAUGCGGACACCCUCCUGUGUCUUGUUCAUGAGUCACUAAUAUUCCAAAGGGAAAAAAUAACAAUGUGAAAUUGGGACCAUCGUGUGGACUCCAGGAAAGGGACAGCUGAAUCCGGGGCACGUGAACCACAUCUGGGGGCCCCUCCAGGGCUGGGUUGCCCCUAUGUCUUUGGGAAAGCUCGGCCAGCCUGGCAUCAGGUCCCCUGGCAACGUCCACGGCUCUGUGGUGACCUUCCGAGCUUCGAGCUUCGGGUGGUGUUGAGGAAGCUGGGUUUGGAAGGAUGCUGGGUCCCGCGUGGCUUGGCCUGGAGGAGGUGACAGGAGGGCAGAGGUGCCCAGGUUCAAACCCCACUGGGGACAUUCGGCCCCAGUGCUGACCUCAAAGCGGGCUCUCCCCCAGGGACUCGGAGAUGACAGGACUGGAUCUCAGGCUGGAAGAUCACACCAUGUGCAGGUCACGGGGGGCAGGCGGCCACCCCAUGAGGCCCCAGGUCCCGGGCAGACAGGACGGGUAGCUGGGCCGCCUCCCUCCAGUCCCGGCUCCCUGCCGCGUUCUAGAAGAUUCUGGGGGCCACUGCGGAUGCUCUGAUCCCCAGAGGCCAGCAUCCCACCUCCAGGCCCCGCGGGCUUCCGUCUCUCCCCACCUUUUCUUUCUCUCGCCGACGGCUAACAUAAACCUACUAGAAUCGCUGUCACCUUCCCAUCAAUCAACUGGUUUGUCAUUGUCACCGCGGCUCAAGUCACAUCCCUCCUGUAUACUGUUAGCGGGAAACGUGUAUCGGCCUAGGACUCCUACAGGAACCCGUGUACGCCACAGCUAACCCAAUAAACAGAUGUUUUCUGAA